AUGGGCUUUUGUGCCAACGUCGAAAGGGGUCCUGAUGUAGUGGGGGAUUGUUCGGAUUUGUUACAACCUCUAGGCAAUGGUUCGAAAUUGAAUAAAGAACCUAUUUCACCAAGUUAGUGCUAAUUCUCCCUUUUUAGAAUGGCUCCAGUGGCUUACAUUUAUGUUAAGUCUGUCGCUCGGGGCCGUAUUCCUUUUGAUUAUGGUAUGGUAUUGUCAAGAUCCGAACAUAGGGCCUACUUUAUUUGUUUGCCCAUAUCUUCGCUAGGUGUUUAUGGGAAUUAUUAUAGGCCAGGGUUCGGGUCUAGUAAUUAG